UUGCCUCAUGUGGUUCUCUUCCCUUUCUUUCUCGACUCCAUCAUGCCUGUGAAAUCCAAAAAGAAGCAGCAAAAAAAGAAGACUCAACUGAAAUUCUCAGUUGACUGCACCCACCCUGUUGAGGAUGGAAUCAUGGAUGCUGCUACCUUCGAGACUUUUCUUCAUGAUAAGAUCAAAGUCCAAGGAAAAACCAACAACCUUGGUGGAGAUGUUACAGUAGAAAGACUAAAGAACAAAGUCAGUGUGGUGUCUGAUAUUCCUUUCUCAAAAAGGUACCUCAAGUAUCUUACGAAAAAGUAUUUGAAGAAAAAUAACCUUCGUGAUUGGCUUCGUGUAGUGGCUUCUGACCAAAACACUUAUGAGCUGCGAUACUUCCAAAUCAGUAACGAGGAGGAAGAUGAUGAAGGAGAGGAUGAAUCUUAAUUCCUACCUUUGUUGCCUGUCAUAUUGGUGAAUUUCAAAUGAAAUAAAAUAUUUCAUAGAAAUA